CAAAAUGGGUGGCGCCAAACCUUGACAACAAAGCGGCUGUUUGCUGCAUUCAACGGACACUCAGCGUCCAAGUAAACAAACUCUGCUGUGUUUAAAAGUUACGUCCACGUUGACUUUCCGAAACAAACAAAAGUGUAAAAAGGAGUUUGAAUAAACAGUUUCCCGUUACAGUUGUACAAAUGUCAACAUGGCUUCGAAGACAGACCAACUUCUUAUCGUUGUGUCCAUCCUCGAAGGUCGCCACUUCCCAAAGAGUGGUCGUCUCAGUCUGGUGGUCCAGGCGAGCUUCGAUGGCGAGCAACUGGCCACAGACCCGGUAGAGCACAGAGAACAGCCGCUCUUCAGCACCGAGCUGGCUUGGGAGCUGGACCGCAGGACGCUGCACCAACACAGACUGCAGAGAACUCCCAUCAAGCUUCAGUGUUUUGCUGUCGACUCUGUUAGUAAAAAGAGAGAGAGUGUCGGCUACAUCGUACUCGACCUCCGAUCUGUACAAGACGUCAAACAGGAGCCUCGCUGGUAUCCGUUGCUGAGCAGUAAAUACACCAAACAGAAACCAGCCCUCCUCCUCAGCAUGGCGCUGGAGAACGACACCAAGCCCUCCGAGCCCUCUCCUGAUAGGUUCAAAGCCAAGAAGGCCCCGCCUCGACAAGGUUCUCCUGCAGUAAGUGACCUGCUGCCAGACAAGCUGGAGGCCUCACUGAUCCCAGAUCAGGGUUACCAUCAAGUUGGACCUGCAGAUCACUGCUCUGACAUGUUCGUCCUGUCCGUCACUGUGGCUUUUGCUACCAAACUAGAACAGUUGAUCCCCAGCACUAUGAAACUGCCAGCAGAGGGGUCAGGGUUCUUCUUCUAUUACUCUUUACUGGGGAACGACAUCACCAGUGAGCCUUUCCAAAAUCUGCUAAGCCCCGACUUCGAGCCGGAGCGGGCCUCUGUUCGCAUCCGCAGCAGUAAACAGAUCCUGCAGACCUUCCUGUCUCAGCAACCUAGUUUACAGAUCCACCUGUGCUGUGGGAAUCGCUCUCUGGGCAGUACAGACGUCUCCUUCUCAGCUCUGGCUGCUGUGUCUGUGGAUCUGGAGAACAAGGCAGCGACGGUGGAGGGAGCAUUUAUACUCCAACCUCCUAAACGCACCAAACAGGUGCUGCCGGCUCUGCCCACCGACCUGCAGCCAACUGUUGGGGUGGCUGUUACCCUGAGGAGGGAGGAGGUCAUGCCACAGUCUUUAGGGAAGAAAGAAGGAGGUGGAGCUCAGUCAUACUCCAACCCUCCUCCUUCUGCUCCUCCUGCUGUACAGAGACCUCAAAGCUCCUCUCCCGUCCGAAAACCUCCCUACUUUUCUCCCCCAGGUCCUCCUCUCCCCUCUCCUUCCUCUCAUACAGAGAGUGAAGCAGAGAGCCUGCUGGAGGAGCUUCAACGGGGUAAAGAGCAGGCAGGACUUCUGGAAGCUGCAGAUUUGGAGUUUCCUGUGCUGCGGCAGAGUCAGACUGAAGCUACAGCAGAAGGUGGAGCAUCAUCUGUUAGUGUCUCUGCUCCCAAAGUGUCCAUCCCCUCCUCCGCCCAUCACUAUUGCUUCUCUCUGGACCUCCGUAGCCUCGGAAACCUCAGCCUGACACACCCCAUCGCUGCGACGCUCAGGUAUUCGUAUCCGUUCUUUGGCAGUGCAGCUCCCAUCAUGACCAACCCUCCUGUGGAGCUGCAGAGGAACAUGGAGGCGUCGCUGCCUCAGUCCUACUGCGCCUUUGACUUCGCCGUUCUGCCCCAACAACUGCAAGACACCUUCCUCCAAGUUCCUCUGGUUGUGGAAGUUUGGCACAGAGACUCCACCAGCAGAGACCAGCUGAUAGGACGAGCCUCCGUCCAGCUGUCUCACCUGCUGAGCUCUGAGAGGAGCAGAGUCCUGGCAUCAACCGGGGAGCGGAGCUGGAGACAAACUCAGCAAGACCGCAUCCCUGUGCUCAAUACACUCCGUCCCAGUGGGAAGGUGGCAGAGUUGAGCUAUGUGGCAACACUGGAGGACCUGGGGUUGGUCAAAGCCAGAGAAGUUAUUGUGUCUGACUCUUCAAAGAACGAAGCUGCUGUCCCCCCAGAGCCGUCCUCCCACCCUGCUGUUCCCAGCGUCGGACUGCUGGGCCCCCCAGCUCCGACAGCCCCCAGAGACACCCAGGAGUACCGCACGGCCCUAGAGCUGGAGCUGUGGAAAGAAGAGCAGGAGGAUCUGUUCGAUGAUCAGUUGCAGAAGAAAGAGCUGAGCCACAUGAAGGCUCUGGCAGAGGAGUGGAGGAGGAGAGACCGAGAAAGAGAAGCUCUGGUCAAGAAGAAGGAGGUGGAGUAUAGUCUGUUGGAGGAGCAGCUUCAGAAGACUCUGUCUAAUCUGGAGAAAAGAGAGAAACAGCUGGUUGAAUCGGAGCUGGAGACUCAGAGGCUGCAGAGGGAGCUGCGAGCUGAACACGAUCUGACCCAGAGGGAGCUGCAGGAGAGCAGCAGGAGGCUGCAGCAGGACUGUGACCACCGGGUGGCGCUGGAGAGAGAUAAAGCCCGACUGAUGGAGGAGGAGAGAGGCCGGCUGCUGCAACAGAUUGCAGACGGCGAGAUUAGGUACAAACAGCUGGAGAAAGAGUUCCAGCUCUACAGAGAACAACAGAACAUCAGACCAGAGUUCAGACUGCAGUCGGAGGUCAACCUACUGACUCUGGAGAAGGUGGAGCUGGAGAGGAAGCUGGAAUCCACCACCAAGUCCAAACUCCACUACAAGCAGCAAUGGGGGCGCGCCUUAAAAGAGCUGGCCAGGUUCAAACAGCGGGAGCAGGAAAACGCCAUGACGCGGCUGAAGAAGCAGCAGGCGGAGCUCGAGGCCAUGAGGCUGCGUUACCUAGCAACGGAGCAGAAGGAGGCGGUCCACCAGGACAGACAGGAGCUGGAAGACAUCAGGAACGAACUCAACAGAUUAAAGCAGCAGGAGGACAGGUUAGGCCCCGCCUCGUCCCCGUCUGGCCCCGCCCUCACUCAGAGUGUUAAUGGGUGCGCUGACGAACAUCUGAGCCGCCUGUUGGAGGAGAGGGACACUCUGCUGAGGACCGGCGUCUACACGCACGAAGACAGAAUCAUCGCCGAGCUCAACAGACAGAUACAGGACGCCAUGAGGGACAGAGGAAAUCUCUGACAGCCAAUCAAGAGACAGAGUUGCAUCUGAGACUACAGGUUAACCAUCCGCUCCUGCUGCAUUCACACAAACUGUGUGUGUGUUAACGUGUUACUUUAACCAGACGG